AUGUCUUCCCUCUUCAUUGAAAACCGCACCGCCUUGGUGUUUGGAGCUUCUGGUAUCACUGGAUGGGCUAUUCUACGCGAAGCUAUUAAGUAUCCCACUACCACGGCAUUUCGUCGUGUUAUUGGCCUUAUAAACCGACCAUUAGACCGAGCUGUGUCUUUCCUGCCCGAUGAUAGUCGCCUCGUGCUGGCUUACGAUAUUGAUCUUACCAGGAGCAUAGAUGAAGUGGUGGCCAAGCUUGUAGAUAUCGAAGGUAUUAGAGAUGUAACUGAGGUAUACUUUACUGGUAUGGCUAAAGUGUUCUAA